AUGGUCGCACUUUAUAACAACGACGUCGAGCUUAUCACGCAGGAGCUUCAGAGGACGUUCGCCUACGCGAACAUGGUGUAUACCCCUCAGCUCAAUUUCGUGCUAGUGAUUGACCAGAUCUACAUCCCGUCGUUAGUAGGCGAUUCAGUGAACUGGGACAGUUGCUGGAGCCGCAGCGGCUCAACAUCAGCGAACGGCGAUAUCGUUCAGCAGCUGCAGGACUUUUAUGACUGGGAUCCGCCGAACAACGGGAGGCAGGGCCUGUGGCAUUUAUUCGACGAUUGCUUUAGGGUUUCGGGUACGAUUGGCUUAGCAAUUCUUGGGAACACGAUCAACGGGAUUUGCGCGAUCGACAGGAUUGGAGGAACUUACCGCAACAGAGGCGUCUCGUGGCUCGACUCGACCACCUGGCUGACGUUCGCGCACGAGGUGGGGCACAACUUUGGGGCAGAUCACGCGUUUGACAACGGGCAGGGCACAACGGGCGGCAUCAUGGACUACGGAGACGGCAGGUACCAGGGCAUCUUCCAGUUCAACACGGAAUUCACCAAGAAUGACAUUUGCACUGUGGUCGCCCACCGUGUCGCCAAGGGUUGCGAGGCCAUCACGAGUUGGGUCGCGGAGUGUGGGAACCUGAUCGUGGAGGACGGAGAGGAGUGCGAGUGUGCAGGGGGCGCCACUUCGUGCGACUUCUGCGAGAAUUGCGUCCUGCAGGCGGGGAAGGAAUGCAGCCCUGACGCGGCCUCUGGCGGCGAUUGCUGCAAUUGCGACGGCACCUUCAAGACCCCCGCGGACACUUGCACACUGUCGACCGGCAGCCCUGGCUACUGCGACCGGGGGCUGUGCAGCUUCGUCACCAGUUGCGACGCCUCAAGCAGCAUUGGUAAUUUCUGCGGCCUGCACGCGGACAACGACUGCAAGUUUGGAUGCAUUUAUAAUGGCCAGUGUAACUCUCUCAGUAGUUUCUCUACGGGGGGAGCGCCGUUUGACAACACCGUGACUGACGGAGCCAGCUGCGAUGGCGGCCAGGGUGUCUGCCAGAACGGCCAAUGCUCGAGUCGCCCCGCGAGCGUAUGCGACGGGCCAAUCUCAACAGGAUCGACUUACACAUGCGACGAUUUGUACCAGUCGUUUACGUGCACUCAGCUCGAGGGCUAUGGCCCGCUGGGGCGGCGGAUAAUUGUGCCGGGUGCCAUUGCCCGGCGGAGAACAUACUGCCGACGCCCGCGCCAGUCACAUGCGUGCCGACCCCGUCGCCCAGCCCGACGCCCAGCCCGACGCCCAGCCCGACGCCCAGCCCGACGCCCAGCCCGACGCCCAGCCCGACGCCCAGCCCGACUCCCAGCCCGACGCCCAGCCCGACACCGGCAGUUGGGGGGCCUGCAACGGGGGGCGGGGGCGUGCACGCCACCGGCGACCCGCACCUGGUCAACGUGUACGGGCAGCACUUCGACAUCCUGCGGCCGGGCGUGCACGUGCUGCUCCAGGUCCCGCGCGGGGCGGCGCCGAACGCCACGAAGCUGCGCGUGCAGGCGCAGGCCGUGCAGAUGGGCGCCUCGUGCGCGGAGAUGUACUUCCAGGUCCUCAACGUGA